AUGAAGUUCUCUUUGAUCUCUGUGCUUCGCGGAAGUGGAUUCUUGACGCUUGGAUCGGAAGCAGUGGCAUUGAAAAUACAAUACCUCACUUUUGUUUUUAGUGCGCUUUCGAUCCCGAUUUUGGUGAUCGCAGUCUCGAUCGGACUGAUUUUGGAAGCUGAGUUCUCUCGCCAUGGUGUAGCAACAUUUCGUGUCGUCUUCUCAAGAUUGUACAUCAUGCAGCGAGACGAUCCAGUACUGUUACCGGUGGGGACAGAAGUAAGUGCGAAGUACAAAGGAGCGUUCUGCGAAGCCAAGAUCCGGAAAGUUGCCAGGAAUGUGAAGGCUGUGGUUGCUUUGAAAUCCGGUGGCACGAGUCACACGUUGAAUGAAGAAAAUAUUCGUGGAAAACUCUUGGUCGGUGAAGAAGUUCAAGUGAAGCUUCCAAAUCAGAAAGAUUGGACUGAUGGGACCAUCACGAAACUCAAGGAUUGUAGCGUGUAUACAGUUGUUUUUGACGACGGGGACAUCAACUCGCUUCGCAGAUCCGCACUGUGUCUGAAAUCUGGGCGCCAUUUCGCGGAAGGAGAAACUCUAGACCAGUUACCCUUAACACAUCCCGAGCAUUUCGGAACCCCAGUGCAAUCCGCUUCUACGCGUCGCAGUCGACGUCCGGAACCAGAACCCCCGUCCUCUUCUUCAGACUCUUCAUCAGAAGAUGACGAACGUGGACAAUCGUACCCGAAAAAGGCCCCGUCUGUUGGUCAAGUCGUUUGUAUCGUUCUGGGCGACAAGAAGCGCCAAAAGGACAAUUGGAUUCCGGGUCUCGUUGUGGCGCCAACUGCGCAGGAUACUGUCAAAAUCAAAGUGUCUUCUGAGUGUCUCGUGCGAUCUUUUCAAGAUGGACGAUAUUACACCGUACCUAAUAAGGAGAUUCAAAGGUUUUCUCGCGAAGUCGGCGAAAAGGUGGAGACUUCAACGUUGAAAGCCGCUGUGGAAAAAGCGCUUUUGUACCUGGACAAAGACGAGCUUCCGCCCCACUGGGAUCGUGAUGUGCUUUUCGGGAAAGACAUGAUUUCUGAUCGGGAUUCUUCCAAUAGUGAUGUCUCCGACAACGAAUCUCGAGAGCAGAAGGAUUAUUUCAUUGCGCAGUUGAUCAAGUACAUGGAUGAUCGCGGCACACCGAUGAACAAACCACCUAUGAUCGGCUCUAUGGACCUCGAUUUGCAUCGUUUGUACAAGAUAGUGAAGAAACUCGGUGGCUUCAACCGAGUGAACAACAACUCCCAGUGGCGCCAAGUGCACGAAAGCAUGGGCUUCCCUUCGUCGUCCUCCGCAAGCGGCGUCACUCAGAUUAAACAAGCCUACAAACGCCACCUGAAGGGGUUUGAAGAGUUCAAUAGGAAACUGGGUUGCACUCUCGCAUCUCCUCGAGGUCGUCGGAACUCAUCUGCUCGCAGUCUUGUCCGAGGUGCGGAAAAGUCUCGUGGUCUUUUCGCUGCGAAGGCUGCCGCCACUCCGAAACAGUCUAAACCGGAACCGACUCCAGUUUCAACACCCGCGGAAUCGGAAACUGAAACCCCGAAGGUGGAAGCCAAAAAGCGCGGAAGGAAGAAGCUCGUUGACUCAAAAGAUAGUUCCCGAGAAGUGUCUCCACAAACGCGAGCUGGGAAAAAAGUUGAAGAAGAAAGGGCCAAAGCCGAGGAGGAACAGAAGGAAGAACCCGUGCCUCCGGUUGUUGUGAAAUCUCAGUCUCGGAAAUCGUCCGUUGCGUCGGUGAGUGAGGAUUCGAAGACCCCGAGUUCGAAGAAAGUGGACGAGAAGAAGACUGAAGUGGUUGAGAAGAAACCGGAGCCUGUGUUUGAAGAACCCUCUCUCGAACCCCCGAGAACCCCUACGAGAAGUGAAGGGAGGGAGUAUUUUGUGCACUACACUGGCUGGAAUGUUCGAUGGGACGAAUGGGUUUCUCGCGGACAAAUCAUCGCCAAUUUCACGCACCCAUUUCCUAAUCAGAGCUCUGCUCCGAGGUCUGCGAGAAGAGGACGAAGUCUUGGCUCGAGAAUGGAACAUGAAGAAAUUCGGUUGAGUGCUCGGAAUAAGCGGGAAUCCAAAGAAGGCACUAAGGAAAGCGAACCACGCUCUCGUUCGGGAACCCCGAGCUCUGUUGCUUCAGCUGGUAGUUGCGGUUCAGCCCCUCAACUCACACGCUCAUUAUCAGUUUCACCCUCAUUGGAUAAACCCGGAAAACCCGCGAGUCCCGCGAAGAAACCCGCGAUACCCAAGCCCGCGAAACCCGCAAAGGACCAAAAGGACAACAUGACGACGCCGAGCAAAAGGGAUAAGCCUGUUUCUGCGACUUCGGAGUCGCCGAAAGUUGCCAAGCGAUUGCGGGUAGAGGAAGUGUCGGAUAAGGCGAGAAGAGACAUUCUUGGGCUUGGGGCCAAAGGGAAGAAUUCGGCGGAUGACGUGUAUGAGUUUGAUGAUGCGGAAGAGUUGCCGGAUAUUAAAUUUGCUGGACGUUGGGCUGGGAAAGCGACGCCAGAGAAGCGACCGGAAAUGACCGCCGUUGUGGUGAAGGAGGAAGAAUUACCUGAAGUCAAACCCGUUGUUGAGCAAGUUGCCAAUAUGGGAACAAUGAUUCUAAGUGUGGCUGAGCAUCGUCCUGAAGCUGAAACAAAACCAACAGAGGUGCCUACGGUUAUUAAACCUCCAGUUGUGCCAAUUCCUCUUAACUUGACGCCUGCAACCUCUGCUGGACCAACACCUGCUGAUCCGUCACCACUUCCACCACCUCCUCCUCUUCCUCCUCAGCCUGCGAAAAAGAAUUUAGCCAAAGAACCCGUCCCAGAAAAGACUUCUGCUUUAAAGCCAAAUCAGGUUACCCCAACACCUGCACCUGCUGUCUUCAAGCCUCCGGUUAUUCCAACUCCAGUUCCUGAACCAACAGUGGAAAAGAAGCCGAAUGUAGAGCCUGUGGAUAACGUGUGGACUCUUGAGGCUGUUCCUGUCGACAAGGAAGAAAAAAUUCAAGUCGCUCUACCAAUAUCUAAGCCGGACUCAGCAGCGAAGCCGGCGAAAAGCAAGGCGAUUUCAAAACCUGUCGCUCCUGAAGCUGUGACGUUGAAGCCCAUAUCUGUAGAUGCACCUGUUAAACCCUCCGAGCCUGAGAAAACGCCUCCCCAGAAGAAGCAGAAGAAGCCAAAAAAACCGGAAUCCCCUCCGGAUGUCGCGCCGAUUCAACAAGUGGAAAAAGAACCCGCGAAACUCUCUCCUCCCGAACCCCCAGUGAGAACCCUGAAACCCAGAGCUGGGCCAUCGUUCCGAGCAACCCCGGUACCAAGAAUAGAGUCUCUGAUGCCUGUUCGAAGAUGGCCUAUGCAUGCGAAAGAAAUCGAGACCGGCAAGGAUCUGAUGAGUGAGAAGAAACCCAAGGAAGAUCCAGUUCCGAAACCGCUGGAAAAUGUCGUUAGAACCCGGCAGUUUAAAGUCGAGCCCAGGGUUUUGCGGGUCGAGCCACCGAAGGAAAAGAAGCUUCGGGAACAAAAGGAGAAGAAACCCAAAGAACCGAUUCCGUCAAAAGCCAAGGAACCGAGUUCUUCUUCUGCUGCUGCUGCUGUUGCUACUCCUCUUAUUCUUCCCCCACCACAACCUCCGCCACCUGAAAUCCCAAUUACUCAGGAACCCAAGAAUCCCCCGAAGGAACCCAAGAAUCCCCCCAAGGAACCCAAGAAUCCCCCCAAGGAACCCACAGUUCCUGAACCACCCAGCAAAGACCCCAAGCCCGUGGAACCCGUUUCGGCUCCAGAUCCCCCCAUCGCCGCAGCUCCCAAGCCUGAAGAACCCCCAAAAAUCCAAGAAACUCCCGAGGAAGUCACCAAAGAAAAAUCUCCGCCCAAAGACCAACCAGUAAAGGAUUCAUCAUCGUCGAAGGAAUUAGUUCCGGAAAAAACGCUCGAAGAACCCCUGCAGGAGAAACCCGUUUCAGAGCCUACUUUCCGCGUCUUACAACCACCUGAACCUGUGAAAGAGACGAAGAAGUCCUCGUUGUUGUGCUUGGAAACGAUACCCUUGAGUCCACCCCCGGUAUUAGUCAAGGAAGAAUCACCACCGGAAGUGCAACAAACGUUGCAAGUGGCGUCUCAAGAAAGGACGACUAGUAAAGACUCGGUUCUCAGGUUGCCGAAACCCGUCAAAGAGAAAACGCCGGAAGUGGAAGAUGAUAGAAGCAAGAUCAUCCCAAGGAAACGUCGCUUCAUCAAGGAAGAAGCCGAGGAGCUGAAAGUCAAGGAACCCGUUCCCGAGAAACCCCAGCAACAGUUGUCUUCGCCGAUGAUGCAACAAGAGCAGCAGCAAGUGUCGAGGAAGCCAAAACCAAUGGCGUCGUUGUCGCCGGUAGUUCGGCUGCCGAUGCGACGUGAAAAGCCAGGCUUGGAUUCACAAAAGAACAGUGACGACGAAUCUGAAUCAAUCGACAGCAAUGGAUCGGCGAGUAAAAUUUUGGCUCGUCAGCGUCGCGUUCGACCUCCUGCUUCCACACUGGAGAUUCUCAAGAAAGCUUUCAGAAAAAAAUCCGAUUUCGACGCGAUUUUCGCGAGCAACCUUUUGGGCCCGAAACAAGUCGACCUGAGGAAAGUCCUAGUCGGUUAUGAGCAUCUCUUCGAACCCGUCGAUCCAAGUUUGAGCGAGGAAGAAUUUGAUUCGCAGCUGCUGAAGCGAUUGAACGAGGUGAAAACCGUUUACCAAGCCAUGAAAACCGAGCUGCUUGGAAUCGACAAAAAGAUCAAAGGAGUUUUGAAGCAGGCUGGACCUGAAUGA